AUGUCUAAUAUUUUCAAGACGCUUGCAGUGAGUGUAUCUGAUUCUAUAAUGACUAUUGUUAUGAAACGUCCAAAAGUGAAUGCAAUGAAUUCAGAACUUUUAACAGAUUUGGCACGCGUAUUUCAACAAGCAUCAACAGCUUCUGAAGUCAAAGGUGUUCUCCUUCGUUCAGAUUUUGGGUCAACAUUUUCGGGUGGUGUCGAUUUGUCUUCUGGACAUGACAUGUGUAAAGCAAAAGAUCGUUCUGCUAUUGAUAAGUUUUUCUUCGAAACAUUACCAUCUGGUGUAUUAUCACCCAUUUCUUGUUCAAAGCCAGUUGCUGCUGCAGUGAAUGGCCAUGCUAUAGCGGGUGGUACGAUUAUUGCUGUAGCCUGUGAUUAUGUAGCAUUAGGAAAUAAAAAACAAUUUUAUUUUGGAUUAACGGAAAUUGCAGUUGGCAUACCAUUUCCUUUCAAAAUAAUAAAAGCACUUAGAAAACAAUUGCCACCAUCGUCCGUUAGGAAAUUAAUUUUUGAUGCAAAUCUGAUAACAUCCACCGAUGCCUUCAAAAUGGGUCUUGGAAAUGAAAUGGGUGAAAAUCCCGAUCAACUCGCCCUGAAUUGGCUUCGAUUGCAAUCAAAAAGACCUUUAGUUGGUUAUCAAGUGUGCAAAAAUAAAUGGUGGAAAGACGUGCAGUCGCUAGUCGCAACAGAAGAAGAAAAAAGAGAAUAUUUUGACGCAAUUACAAGUCAAGAAUGCCUAGAUGCAAUGAAAAAUACUCUGAAAAAACCAUAA